UCUCAUGGCUGACCAAACUGAUUGUUUACUACCAUACUUCUCAGAAAAAUGGUAUCAUAGUGAAGUCGCCCUGCGCUUUUAUCGAGUUCCAACAGAAAAUGUCAAAGUGGGGAAAGUUAGCAUUUCCCAUCAUAGAAGAAGAAUUGGCGAAGGCUUCAACAUUACUGCCUCAGUGAACAGUGACGAAAUGGGAUUUUUUAAGUUCACGGUCCAAUCCGGAGACGGAAAUGAAUACGUUUUCUGCCAGCCACAAAUGAGACACUUCUAUACAAAUCCUGGCAACUACAGAGUUUCCUUAAUUGUCGAAGACAUCAAAGGCACUAACGUAACCUUCUCAGAUUCGGUCAUGGUCGCUGAUAAUCUUACAAAACUAGAGUUGGAGUGCCCUAGAGCAGUACCACAAGGAGAGGAGGUAGAAUGCAACAUAAAAGUUGCUCGAGCCCUCAACGUUACGGGGAAAUUUACUGUAGAAAACAGAGAGGGAAAGCUACAAGAACUGCCAGAUACUUGGAUGAGCAGUUUCGGUGCAGACGUACCCCGCUUUCUUCCAGAAUCCAACACCACCCUCGGAAAACUACUACAAAGUCCGGAACGGAUCUAUAUCCUUACGAAGCACAGCGUGCAGAAAGAAGGCUAUGUGGCUGGGCUCGAGUUUAAUGUUAUCCAACCGGGACCGAUUCGUGUCUUCAUAUUGAGGCGUGUGGAUGAAGUAAAAACUUUAGCAUACUCUUGGAAGAGUGGAAUCAUUUGCUCAAAUUUAGAAAAGCUAUCCAUAGAUUAUGGUACUUGUUGCCCAGCUCAAUGUAACUCUAUGGGAAGCAACCUAGGAUCAGUAGCAAAUCUGCAGUUCGUCAUCGUCGAUGAAGUCACCUUGGCUCAGCAUAUGAGUGCAGGAUAUCACUUUGUGGACUUUGCCAACGUCACUCAGUUAAAGGUGCUUCCUGGGGAUAUGCUUGGCUGGUACAGCAGUACCAUGUUUGGCAAAAUUGGCUUUGUCGAAAAGACGGAGGAGCAAUGUCUUGUGUAUAAGGGAGUUGCGGAUGGGAUUAUAGUUGGGAAAAAGCUGACCACACGUGCCCCAGACUCCACUUCCACACUUAGUUUCGCACUGAGAGCAAAUUUUGUUCCAAAAACGUUCUCAAAAGCGUCAUUCAAUCUUGCAGAAAUAGGCUCACACAAACUUGUUGUUGGAUUGAGCGACAAGUUUGGCAAUAUGGCGGAAAUGACCAGUGAAAACAUAUUGUGCCAGCGUGCAGUGGAAGGACUCUUAGUAGACAUGCCUGAGGCUGCUUUGGUCGGUCAGGUUGUGUUUGGAGUAAAUGUCACUUACGGCACCAAUGUGAGUUACAUUAUAAACUCUGGGGAUGGUCGACUGAUUAAUCAGUCUGAGAAUAUUGUGAAACUCAAUUACACCACACCAGGGGCUCGUGACAUCACUGUUAUUGCCUUCAAUCACGUUAGUGUGGCUAUUAGUGAGUGUGAAGGGCUGCUUAUAUUAGAUGAAAUAGAAAAUAUCAGCAUUCAAGUAGAAAAACUUGUCGCCACUGAUGACAAUUUUACGAUCACAAUCAGUAUUCUCCGGGGCACUGCUGUCUAUUUGAAUGUUUCUUUUGGUGAUGAUUCUCCGGGUUUUAAUAUAAGCAACUUUGACGUGAAUAACACUUUUACAGUCACUAAAAACCACUCAUACAGAAGGGACGGAAUUUACCGUAUCAGUGCGAUAACGAGGAACUCUCUUUCCUCCGCAUUAGCGGAAAAAAACAUCACUGUUCAAACGCGAAUCACAGGUUUGCAGACCUUCGUACCAGGGGUAACCGUUUCCACCGACAAUGAAUUGGUUAUUAACAUUUCAGUUGCCGAAGGGACUGAUGUCAGCUAUGAAGUUUCUCUGGAAAGCGAUAAAAACAAGACGGCGAAUGGACUCGGUGUCACUGUGGUGUUCCCCAGAGGAGAUUUAAAGCCUGGCGUGUCUUCGCUUUACGUUAAGGCGUAUAAUCUGUUAUCGAUCCUCAAAGACUCAAAGCAAAUUCAUUUAGAGACUCCGAUUUCAGGAGUGUUGUUCAACUUGACAUCUCCAACUGAAGCAGUUCGAGUGGCAGAAAACUACACUUUCGCCUUACUCUACGACAAAGGAUCAAGUGUCCGUAUAACUUUCUGGAAGAGUAUCGACGAAGAAAGUGUAUCACUAACACUCCAACAAGAAAAAAAGCAUUUGUAUCAUUCAGUUGUAUAUCAGGCACCUGGAGUCUUCAUCGCAAGAGUGAACUAUAGCAACGUACUUGGGGAGGUCGUCGAAGAGAGAGCUGUGAUGGCUCAAUAUCCUGUGAAAAACAUUUCCGUUAACACAAACAGUCCAGUACCUCAUCCACCUGGUAUCAUUAGCAUUACUGUGAAGCAGGAUGGAAUCGUGGCAACAAAUGCAACUGUGAUAUGUUCGUUUGGCGAUGGAGAGACUAGUGAGAAACGGGAAUUUUCUGGAGAACUCAACAUUUCUCACAGAUACGCUAAGGCAGGCUUUCACAAACUAGUGGUGAACAUCUCAAAUUUAGCGUCUUUUGUGUCAAAGGAGGUCAUUGUUGACGUGGUGAAAAUCAUUACGUUUAUGGAAGUUAAUGCAAAAUCCUCCCCUACUGGCGCGGUAUUGAGGGUGCCUUCACCUCACAAUACCUUUCCUGUAGAAAGUCCAGUCCUAUUCGAAGCCGAACAUGAUGGAAGUAUGAGUGUAACACUCUUUACCUUUAACUUCGGCGAUGGAUUUGAAAUAAAUGGUACAUCACGCAACAUUAUGGGAGAACACACUUACACGUCCAAAGGAAAAUUUAAUGUCACCCUGAAAGUGAUACAUCGAUUUGGAGAAAGUUGGAAUUUCACAGUGAUUACGAUGAAGGAAAGCAUAGCUGGCUUAGCGAUAUCGGACAACGCGCCGACGGUUUUAGGAGAACCCACCACAUUCGUCUUGAACUUGACCAAACUAGGAACGGGUACUCUGAUUAAGGUUGAUUUCGGUGAUGAACAAAAUAUCUUCCUUGGAGACAAAAGUAACAACAUUGAAGUAUUACCUGACGUUGUUAAACCAAUAGAUGAUUCUGUGCAGAAUAUCACAUUUGAGCAUACUUACAAUGACAUAAGUCUUUAUGUCGUUGAAGUACAUGGAUGGAAUGAUGUUUCUUCCAUGAGAAUCUCCCAUCGCACUGUUACUGUGGAGAAAGAAUGCAGAUAUCCCGCUCCUCAAAUAUUAAGUGUAGGAAAUAACAUUAGCAGCGCUACAAAUACCACGAAAGAUAAAGAACUAAUUAUCUACACUGGAGUUAAGGUGAGCUGCCAAGCGACAUACAAGACCAUCUUUAUGUGGAGGUUGGAGCGUCAUGAUUCCCAAGGAAAUCUUUCUAUCGUAGAUAUCAAAACGGAUUUAAACAAGUCAAGCUUAACAAUUCCAUCUGGUUCACUUCCAUAUGGAAUCGUCACCCUUCGAUUUACAGUCCAAAUGAAAUAUAUCAUAGAUGGAAUUGAUUCCUUUGCGACCGGGUAUAUCAAUGUUAGACCAGCAGCUCUCAAGGCCAUAAUUUACGGUGGAGGGUUCCGCAAAGUCAGUUCUAAAAGAUCGUUUAGCAUUGAUGCCUCCGUGUCUGAGGACCCGGAUGUAGAGCGCGGAGACCUUACUGGAAUUCGCUUUCAUUGGUAUUGCCGAAGAUUCUUCGAGGAUUUUCGCUCGGAUUUGGAGGCACUUCCUGUCGUUACAUUUAAAGACAUUUCUUUGCACUCGGGAAACAGAGGAUGCGAAGGAAGUGGACCAGCAAGGCUUAACUAUUCCACAUCUGUAUUGAGGAUUAGACCUGGGAUGCUUGAGGAGAACACAAUUUACGUAGUCAAACUGGUGAUCAGAAAAGAUACACGAGAAGCCUCGUUUGAACAAACGCUUUCAGUUCGUGAACAAGUCUUACCGGACAUUGCAAUACAAUGCAAAGUCAACUGCAAUUACAAAGUUAACACCAACAAUCGGCUGUCUGUGACAAGCAUUUGUGCCAACUGCCACCAAGAAAAUUUCACCUCAAUGUCUUACAAAUGGGAACUAUACGUAAGAGAUCAAACCACAGGAAACUGGAGUCUUGAUCUUGAACUUGAUUCCAAAACAGUAACCAACAGUUCUAAACAGAAUCUAGUUCUGAAGGAAAACAGCUUGGAUGUUGGUAGGAGGUAUAGACUCGUAUGUUUAGCAGGCAAUGAAGAAGACCAACAAGGUCAGAGUGAACAUUAUUUUACAACAAAUGUUCCCCCUCGAAACGGAAAUUGUAUAAUCUCUCCCUUGGAGGGAAGGGUGUUGACGACCUAUUUUCAUAUCAAGUGUUCAGGGUGGAGAGACAUGGAUGGGCCAAUUGUUUAUAAGGUGUUUCGUGGCAGAACGCUCCUACAGCAUGGAAAAGAGGCAACUUUGCCUCCUAUGCUUUUGACUUCGGGUCCACGUCAAAACAAUUACACGUACUACUUGGCCGUGAAUAUUUGUGACAAAUUUCACAGUUGCACCAAAACAAUAUUACCUGUGACUGUUAUAGAGGCAAAGAUCUCCGCUCAAGAUCUUAAGUCCAUGAUGGCUGAAGACGGCCUGGUGACAAACAUGCGCAUCUCAGGGAACCUACAAGGUGUCUCCCAGUUGAUAAUGUCGGCCGCCUCAGUGCUUGCAAGCCAGAAUGCCGAGAGGAAGAGCGCUGGAAGUAAUGUUACUGAAGGAGAUGGGAAACUUAGGCAGAUGAAAGAGGAAUUGCUCGGUGCUCUUAAUCAACUUGAACCCGAGUCAUUGGACACGUUAGGAGUUGUGCUGGAGGCAAUGUCAUCCGUCACCAAUGACGUCACAGAGUUAUCAAGCACAGCCCAGUCUACUGUUCUAAACAUCCUCUCGAAUACUGUGGCUACUCUCACGGAGAAGAAAAACCCUGAUUCACUAGAAGCAAUAAAAUCAGUCAGUGCUGGAGUGAUGGAAAACUUGGGAAACUUGUUUGGAUCCUCAAAAUAUCAACAAGACAGGAAUUCCUUACAGUUGGAGAAAUUAAAGGGCAAGGAGCAAUUAGAAACCAAUGAGAAAGAGAUGGAUACUCUACAUCAAGACAGCAAGCAAAUCAAGGAAAAUGCGCGUGCCAUGACUAAGUCUGCAAUGAAAAUUCUAGACGACAUUUUAGACGUCAUCGUUGAAUUCCAAGUACCUGGUGAAGAGCCGCAACUGCUGGAAGGCGAGCGCAUGACAGCGCUGGUCUCGAAAGUUGAUACCGAAAGGCUCGUGGGAUCAAGCUUUUCAAUCGGUGAAGGGUCCUUUGCCUUGCCCUCUUCUAAAGGCAUCGUCAAUAUCUUGCAAGAUGAAAACUGUUACAUCGUAGCGAAGGGUCUCAACGCUAAAGAUAAUCCUUUCAUUUGGGAUAAUUCAUCAUCUGGUGUAAAGAGCAACUGCCUUGGACUCAAGUUUGAGGACUGCCACGGGACACCAUUAAACGUGACUCGCCUGCAAGAUCCAAUUGCUAUCACCAUUCCACGCGAUGAUAUCGGCGACUCGCCCGAACCUGGGAAUUUUACCCUUGAAGAGAAAAAGAUAAAAACGCAUAAGUUGAACAUUGACGAUCCUACUUAUGCGAUGAACGCUGUGAUACAGCCUGGUGCAGUUAACUGUUCCCAUGAUAUCGAGAUCUUCCUCCGUAAAAAUAGGAAGCCAACAACAGAGUUGUUUGAUUUCAAUUGGACCAUGAGUGUGCCUCCGAAAGAAGCCGAAAAGAGAGACAGCUUUGCAUUUUCUGUUUCAAAUUAUCAGUUGAAUAAAUCGGCUUCGGACUCUGGGGAAUAUUAUCUGGGUCUUUAUGCGACUCUUCAUGAAGAAUCCACGAAAGAUGAGAAAUGUCGCACAGAACUCAACUACACUUUGUUUACAUUUGUCUCAUCAUGCAACUUUUGGGACGAGAGAGAAGAACUAUGGAAAGCAUCUGGAUGUGAAGUUGGACCAAAAACCACCUACUCCUCCACAGAGUGCCUCUGUACUCACUUGACAAAUUUUGGUGGAGGCUUCUUGGUUGCUCCUAAUCCAAUCGACUUUGACUCAGCUCUUAAGGGUUUUACUGACAUAGCAUCAAAUCCCACAGUCUUUGCCACAGUCAUCACCAUAUUUGGCUUGUACUUUGUUGGAGCGAUCUGGGCAAGAUGGAAAGACAAGAAAGACUUACAAAAGCUUGGUGUCACUCCUCUCUUGUCCAAUGAUCCUCGAGAUACUUACGGCUAUGAGAUCACUCUACAAACUGGUUUUCAACAAAAGUCGAGAACAACUGCAGACGUGUUCAUCCAGCUGUUUGGCACUCUGGGAGACAGUGAGCCUAGAAUGCUGAAGGAUCCAAAACGCCCGAAAUUCGGACGGGGGGAAAUCGAUCAGUUUCUAUUAACUGGUCCCCAGUCCCUUGGCAAUAUCAAAGAAAUACACGUAUGGCAUAACAAUGCUGGAAGAUCGCCUGCCUGGUAUUUAUUUCGCGUGCUUAUCCGGGACUUACAGACCGACUCAAAGUGGUGGUUUGUUUGUGAUCGAUGGCUUGCUGUCGAGGAAGGCGAUGGAGCAGUGGAUCAAAAACUUAAAUUAGCAACCAAAAGGGAACUGACCAGAUUUAACAUUCUGUUUGUAAACGCUACCAGAAAAAAUCUCCUAGACGGGCAUCUUUGGCUAUCAGUGUUUACACGCCCACCAAAGAGCACUUUCACCCGAGUCCAGCGACUGUCUUGUUGCCUCUCAUUGCUGUUAAGCACAAUGUUGGCAAACUUGAUGUUCUAUCAAGUCGGUGCAGAUGACAACUCAACCGCCAGCCAAUCUAUACAUAUCGGACCAUUUAUUUUGAGCGUAAGACAGAUUAUGAUCGGCGUGCAAAGCAGUUUUGUAGUGUUGCCGGUGAACUUGAUCAUUGUAAUGAUAUUUCGCAAACUUAAACCAAAGGAGGACAACUCAAGGUCUAAGAGGUACGAAGAGGUUGCAGAAGAAGUGAGCUCUUCGAGCCCAACAAUGGGUUACCACGAUUUUCCCGUAAAAGCAGCUUCAACGCAUGAAAACCAUGGUAAAGACGCGACUAAUAGUACCUUACAAAUGGCCGAGAUUUCCUACCCUGAGGAAAGCGACAAUCCCAAGAGGAAGGAUUUGAAUUUGAAGACGUUACUGAAAUUUUUCAGUCGGGAUGACGACGAUGAUAAUACGAAAAAAGCGAAGAAGAAGUUCUUGUUUCCACGCUGGUGCAUUUACAUUAAUUAUCUGCUGGUGGCCAUUUCCUCGCUAACGUGCGGGUUCUUCUGUAUUCUGUACGGCUUCCAGUUUGGAAAAGAAAAAUCAGACAAGUGGUUGACAUCAAUGUUAGUUUCAUUCUUUCAGUCCAUUAUUGUUAUACAACCGUUCAAAGUGCUUCUCCUUGCAGCGUUCUUUGCGUUGAUUAUAAAGGAUCCAAAUAAAGAGGAGGAACAAGAGCAAGAAAAUGUAUUGGAUCCUGUAUUGAGCACUGACGAAGAAUUUAUUGAGGGCGAUGCAGAGAGGGGACCAGGGAAAAUCGGCCUACAAAGCAAACCGCCAGACGCAAAGAAGUUGGAAGCUGCAAGAAAACUAAGGUUAAAACAGUGUGAGAUGAAAGCAAUCAUUAAAGAGGUCGUCACGCAUAUUUUGGUGGUCUGCGUUUUGCUGGUUGUUGCUUAUGGCAACCACGAUAACAGAUCGUUUAAAAUGACUGAAGAGGUCAAAAACGUGUUGGUUACCAGGGAUUCAAAUACAAUAUCAUUUGACGCGUUGACUAUGCAAGAAGCAUUUUGGCAAUGGGUGAAAAACCUCAUCGCCAAUCUUUUUCCCUCGAGCACAUCAGACGACUAUCCUUACAUGGGCAUAAUAAAGAGCGGAGAAGUUUCAAACGUGUUGGGCCUUGGCCGCAUUCGACAAUUAAGGAUGAAGAAGGAUACAUGCAAGGUUCCAGUGGUUUUCACAACGUAUAUAACAGAAUGUAACGAUUAUUAUUCUUGGUCAGACGAGGAAAUAAAUGACUUCCACCAAGGAUGGUCACCUCAGAACAAGACUAAACUCGAGAAAGAUGAAGAAAGAAAGCAAAUAUCUCCUUGGCAGUAUCAAGGCACUUUGGAGGCCAAUAGUUUUCCAUACUUGGGGAAAAUGGCUUCGUAUAGGGGAGGUGGCUUUAUCUUUGAGCUCGGGCCUGAUGAAAACACUGUUUAUGGCGAACUUGAGAAAUUAAAGACAAGUAACUGGAUUGAUAGAUACACCAGAGCACUGUUUACUGAACUAAGUAUCUACAAUGUAAAUAUAAAUCUCCUUUGCGUGGCGACUUUGCUUUACGAAGAGUUGCCCACUGGUGGUGGGCAACCUUUCGUCAACGUCCAAACAAUCCGUGUUUACAGGUACAUUGGGAACUUUUCAGCUGCCCUCAUGGCUUGUGAGGUCAUAUUUACAUUUUUGCUUUUAAACUGGAUCCUGAGAGAUGGCAAAAGGUUGUGGAGACAGAAAAAGGCGUUUUGGAAAAAUGUUUGGAACAUUGUCGAUAUCGUCAUUACGUCCCUUUCUGUGGCAUCUCUAGUACUUUAUUUCAUGCGACUUGUUUUUCUAUCUUCAGCUCUUGGAAAGGUGCGAGACGAUCCCUCGAAAUUUGUCAGUUUCCAGUACGUGGUGCUCUUAAACGAAGGGGUGAAUGCCAUGGUCGCAUUCGUCGUAUUGCUACUGAACCUCAAGUUUCUCCGUUUGUUAAGAUUUAAUCGGAAGAUCUCCGUGUUAUCCAUAACAAUUAAAACCAGCGCCAGUAAGCUUGCUAGCUUCAUGCUGAUGUUUAUGGUCAUAUUUUUGGCCUACUGUUUCCUAGUUUUCCUCGUGUUCGGCUCUGCACUUGAAGACUAUCGCUCCUUCAUAGGAUGCAUGGAAUCUAUGAUGUCCAUGGUACUAGGAAACUUUGAGUUCUAUGAUUUGGUAGCUGUAAAUGCUGUGAUUGGUCCAGCUGUCUUCUUCACUUUCAUGGUUGUGUUCCAGUUCAUUCUCAUAAACAUGUUCAUUGGUAUUCUUUGUGACAGCUUCAACGAAGUUCGCUCUGAUUCGGAUAAACAAACCAACGAAUACGAAAUCUUGCAGUUUAUUUCCAACCGCAUGAAAGCUUUAGUUGGAAUAUUCGUUGAACCACCCAUUCGACCAGAGUAUAAUUGGCCAAAGAGCGAUUUGGAAAAGAAGGUAGAAACGAUAGAAGAGAAAGCUGACACGACUAUGUACUUCAUGCGAAAUUUGUGUGACGAGGAUGUGCGCCAAAUAAAAUGGUUUCAGCCUGACUUAUGGUCAAGAAAGAAGAGCAAAGUCAUGUCACUCGUUCUAAACUCGCAUGCUCAAAUCUUGGAGAAUGACUUGUGCGACGGGAUAGAGGCUAUGAACGACGUUAUAGAAAAGUAUUCCGAGAACGAAUUGGAUAGGAUGAUCGCUACCUCACGGAUGAAAAAGAGGAUUGGAUCUGCAGUGGCUUCAGUUUUGACUGGGAGUGUGAUUUCUAUUGAUGAGGAAUCGGAAGAGGUGAUCUCGCAAGCUUCUCAAGACAUCCUUGAUGACCAUGUGUCGAUAGUGCAAGAGAUGCAAGGCUCACAUGACGACAACCAAGACACGUCCAAACAUAAUGAGGAAGAACCUGACGAAGAGGAGGAAGAUGAGAGAGACAUCGAGGAGCAGUGGGAAGACGAACUUGAGUUGUUGGAAGAACGUCUUGAAAACUUUGCAUCGCGGUAUGAAUCUUGCAAUACACCUGGGAGGUUCGUAAUAGAUAGUACUCUUUCGUUGAGAGGAGCUUCAGUCACAGAGAUGUUAAAAGGUACGCAAGACGUCGCGUGUAGCUGGGAAGAGGAUGAUAGUGUUAUGAAAACUGCAACAUCCUUGGAAAUUACUUCUUCCGCAUCACCGGAGCUCCUCAAUGAAACCCAAGAGAAUAUUACAGAGGUCAGAUCGCAAAGCGAUGAGGACAAGAUGGAGGAUGAUGUCUUCCAAAGUAGUUUACCACAGAGUGUAGCAGGAAAUACUUCUCCUCUUGGUAAAAGCAUCUUAGCAUGGGUUCCUGGGAGCACUACUGGGAACAACACCAUAGUAUUCGUAGCAAAUGACAGCAGAAAAUCUGGGCGCAGUGGAAAUGAAUACUUGACCUCGAAAGGAGAAGAAGAAGAAGAAGAAGAAGGAGAAGAAGGAGAAGAAGACUUUGUUCCACAAAGGAAAGAAAGCGAGGCCUAAAAAUAAUCUUGCUUCUUGCAGCGCAGAUGUAUCGUCUAAAGACUUCAAAGAUCGAUAGCCUGGUUUCGAUUUGCUCAAUAGACUUCUCUGGAUUGACCCAGUUAAUAAUUAGCAGCGCAUUCAUUAGCGCAUCACCAUUAUAUCUGCUCAUACCUAAAUCUAGAGUUAAACACGCAUGUAUAAAAAGGUCAAGGGUUCAGCUAACAAAAUGAACUUACAAACAUUACAGAUUAGUGCCCCAAUCUUAGCCGAAAUGACAAAUAACAGAUAUAAAAUCUCUCUUGAAAUUGAAACAAAAUUUUCACCUUCUUACGAGCUCUUUGAAAAAAAAUUGCACGAGCUUACAAUUUUUCGUCGAUUUCCUAAAGGGUUCUUAAGGUAAAAGACAUUUUCUUAGGAGUUGACAAAGUCUGACACAUCCCUAUCGAUGAUACGAGGUUAUCGAGAAUAAUGUUAAGCUGAUGUCGUAAAUCACUAAUGGCAGUUAACAGAUUUGAAUCAAGUCGGUAACCGUUAAAACUUGUCGUCGUAACAGGGACAUGCUCAUGUUUGUAUACACAAUUACAAAAAACGACAAUAAAGUCUAAAUG